AUGUCCAUCAACCCUCUCAUCACAUUCAAGGCCGGACGGUGUGAACUCGACACCGAUAGCAAACCUGCAAAGGUCAAGUGCUUGCCGGAACCAGGUUACAUCUACCUCUAUAGUGACGAUGGUCUGAUCAACUUUUGCUGGCGGCCGCGCAACCAACCGAUCGACGACGAGCCGCCGCUGUCCCUGGUUAUGGUCCCCGGCGAUGGACGCUUCGUCCCCUACCAGCCCGAAGACCAACCAUCUGGCAAGACCAACGGCCGCAUCCUCGUGCUCAAGUUCCUUUCAUCGUCCACGCGGCACCUGUUCUGGAUGCAGUCCAAGCCUCAGAGCACUAGCGGUGACCCGGCCUGGUUCAGCCCUCGGGACAGGAAGAUCGUGGACCUUGUGGACCAGCUCCUGUCCGGCGAGGAGGUCGACGUCCAGCACGAGCUCGCCGAGGCUCGCAGCAGCAACCGCCGCGACGAUGACGACGACGAUGACGAGACCAUGGAAGACGCCGAUGGCCAUGGCCGCUCGGGCCAGCGCCACCAGAGCGUCAGCGGUGGCGCCGGUCCCGACGCUACCGGUGGCGAUAUCAGGCGAGAGGGCGAGGAUGCCCGGGAGGGCGGGGCUGACGGUGCUAGAGCAGGCGGAGGGGCCACGGAUGCAGCCACGAUCGUCCAAAACCUCCUGGACUCCCUCGCCGGCUCCUCGGGCGGCGGGAACCAGCAGCAGCAAUCCCAAGCCCAGGGCAAAGUGUACCCGCUGCUGAGCGACCUCCUCGACACGCCGACCACGAUCCCCGUCAUCGACGCCGCCGACGAAACGUACAUCGACAACCUCCUCGACCUGCUCCCGGCGACCAUCGUCGCCAUGGCCGCCGACGACGAAUUCGACGGCGAGGCCAACCCUCCCGCCGCCGCAGCCGCCAAGGCGAGCCUGAGCCUGCCCGAGAAGAAGGCGCUGCUCAAGCAGGUCCUCCGCAGCCCGCAGUUCCACCAGAGCCUGGCCAGCCUCUCCAUGGCCCUGCGCGACGGCGGCCUGCCCACCAUCGCCGAGGCACUGGGCGUCAAGGUCGAGAACGGCGGGCUAGUGCGCGGCGGGAGCGUGCCGCUGGGUGGUGGAGAGGCCAUCGAGGCCUUUGUGGAGGGGGUGAGGAAGGAGGUUUUGGACAAGAAGAGAUGA